AUGGGACAGAGUUUAUACGGACAACUUGUUCUUGGCAAAGGAGUGUCCUCUGGUUUGGAUGAGCAGCUAGCUAGGCAAGUGCAGAAAGCAGCUUCCGCUGAGAAACAAAGGGUUGCUGAAGAAGUUGCAUCGAUGUUGAAGUUAAAAGUAGAGCUUGGUAGUAGUUCAUCUGAGAGCAUAGAUAAGGUUGUAGCUGCACUGCGUGCAGCGGCAGAGGUUGCUUGUCAGCGUGUCCAAGAACCAAGAUUGUGUUCUGGUUAG